AUGAAGCUUUUGAAAGAAAUACUCCUAUUUAUAGUAGUUUCCCAAGGAUUUAUUAUUAAUAAAGCAGAAGCUGCCAAGAAUCAGAAACUCAAUACUAUUCAAAGCUAUUUUUCUGAUUUUAAUGAAACAAUCCAGAAUAUAUCUCCAGAUAUGACCUAAAUUGAAAAUGUAAAGCAUAAGAUUGGUGACUUUAAAUAAACAUUGGAGUGCGAUAUUUGUCUUUUCAUUGCUGGUGGAGUGAGAGCAAUAAUUUCAAACUAAAAUAAUCAAGAUUUUAUUACCUAGGCUGUCAUUCUUGUUUGUGCUUUCAAGUUCGAUGUAAAAUUUUGUUAAGGAAUGGCUGAUUAUACUGGAAAAGAGCUAUUUAUUAAUCUCUAGGGUAAACCAACAGAACCACUUUACGCAUGUUCCAAGUUUGUUAACUUUUGCUAGCUUACAUAAUAGCCAGAUUGGAAUGAAGAAUUUCUAACUAAUAUAGAGUGGAACAAACCUAAAGAAAUAGAAAGCAAUGACUAUUAGAAUAAACUCUACUAGUCGUUGAACGGAACAGAUAGGAAGGUCAUUAAGAUUUUACAAUUGACUGAUAUUCAUGUUGAUCUAGAAUAUGCUGAGAAUUCAUCCACAAACUGUAGAUAAAUACCUUGCUGUAGAGCUUAGCAUGGCUUCCCAGAAACAAAGAAGCAUAGAGCUGGCAAGUAUGGUGCCUUUAAAUGUGAUAUUCCAAUGGAUCUAGUAAAUUUAAUGGGCGAAUAUGUAAAUAAACAUAUAAAGCCAGAUACAAUAGUCUGGACUGGAGAUACUGUUCCUCAUAAUAUGUGGGAAGAGAAGGACUACACAGAAAAGAUUAAGUUCAUUGAGUUGAUCAGCUGUUUUCUAAAAGAUGAGAUGUCUAAUUACACAAUCUAUCCUACAAUAGGAAAUCAUGAUUUUUAGGUCUCAAAUCUCUAAAAUUUAGAGAGUGAGGAUCUAAUGAUGGAUGUAUUAGCUUAACUUUGGUAGCCAUUUAUCUAAGAGUCUCAGUAAGAUACCUUUUUUAAAACUGGAAGCUACGUUUAAAAACUACGUGUUAAAAAAGGUUUAAAAAAGGGAGUAUAAACCUAUGAGAACGUAAAUAUCAUAUCUUUAAACACUCAAGCUUGCUAUAAUUUGAACUUUUAUGUCUGGAAUUAAAAAGAGACAGCUUUUAAGACUCUAGAUUGGCUUGAAGAGAGACUGUAGGAAAUAGAGAAAAGAAGUGAAUUAGCUAUACUAAUUGCUCAUAUUGCCCCUUCAGAUAUAACUUGCACUAGAGACUGGAGUAAAAGAUAUUAAGCAUUAGUGGAGAGAUUUCAGCAUAUCAUAAGGCUUUAGACAUUCGGCCACGAUCAUAGAGAAAAGCAUAAUGUAGUAAGAUCAAUUGACAAUUAAAAGCCAAUUGCAGCACAAUUUUUAACUGGAUCAUUUACAACUUGGAGAUAUAACAAUCCAUCAUUUAGAGUAUUUGAGAUGGACGAAGAAACAAUGUUGCCUUUGAAAAUUUACACAUAUGUUCUAAAAGUUGAAGAUAAGCAUCCUAAGUGGUAUUUAGAUCAUGAAAUGACUGAGUUCUAUGGAAUGAAAGAUUUAAGUCCUUAAAGUUUCGAUGAUCUAUCAAAUAGGAUCCUGGAAGAUGAAAAGACAGCACUUAAGUAUACAAGGAUAUCUACUUAAGAUGGUCCUGAUCCUGAGACUCACCUUGAAAAAUGCGAUUAGAAUUGUCGAAAAGAAUUAUAUUGCAAUACUAGAAGCUCAACUUAUUAUGAUUCAGUUGAAUGUCAUGGAUAAAAACCAAAUUUAUUAAACAGAGUCCUAGAUUAUCUAUCAAAUUGA